AUGGCGCUGUAGGUCCGACGCGAGCCGACCCCAAGCUAGCUUGCACUGGGAACAUUUGCUUCGAGCUCCAUACAUUUCUUCUGGUUCUCUACGUCUACAGUUUGGUUGUGUACCAGUUCAAAAAUUAUUUCAAAAUUUUUGCCAUCAGGAAAAAAGUUAAAAUGACGGACAAGCCCAAGCGUCCAAUGUCAGCCUACAUGCUAUGGCUCAACAGUGCAAGAGAACAGAUAAAAGCCGAUAAUCCUGGCUUAAAAGUCACGGAAAUCGCCAAAAAAGGUGGAGAAAUAUGGAGGUCAAUGAAAGACAAGAGUGUCUGGGAGGAAAAAGCAGCGGAAGCCAAGGAGCAGUACACAAAAGAUCUAGAGUCAUAUAAUGCCAAUGGAGGUGGUGGUGAAGGAGGCGGCAAGAAGGCACAAAAGCGAGGGAAGAAGGGCAAGAAAGCGACAGCACCUGCUAAGGCCAAGAAGAAGAAGGAAGAGUCUGAUGACGAGGAAGGCGAUGAGGAGGAGGAGGAAGAAAGCGAAUGAUCUCCCAGGAGCUAAAUUUCUGUUCAUAUUGAAUAAUUUACUUGGACUUAAUUUAUUACAAAGUAAAAAUGGACUGACUUUCCAAAGUCUGUACAAACGGAUCCACAGUUUGCUAUUCUAAUAUUUUACACUUGAUUUUUAACAUGAUCAACAGAUCCAUUUAUUGCAACAAAUGUUUUUGGUCUCUUUUAAUGAAAUUGUUGAAUGUUUUGCUGUGUUAUUGUACUACUUAGUUUUUGUAGUAUUGAUAAUGUAAUGAUAGAUGUAAGAUAACUGGCAGAGUUUGGAAAGUUUCACCACAGGCUAGGGUCUAGAUUUCUAAGCCUCAAAAAAAAUAAUGUUUAAGUGUUAGCAUGUAUACACCGGGGAAUUGUACAGUUAGCCCUCCCUCGUUAAGUUCGCUGUGACUACUGGAUGCUCACAUCUGAGAUGUACCUUAUUGGUUUCAUCAAAACUUGUAUGUCUGCAGCUCUCCCAAUUUUUGCUGUAAUGUUUUAUUUUAAAGCUGUGCUUUGAAUGAAUAUGCCAUAUUGUAUUUGUGUCAGUGUUUGUCUGAAUUCUUGGGACAUAACAGUUUUGGUAAAACUAAACCAACAUGUAAAAUUAGAGACUAUUUCAUGGAUGUAAUGACUAAUUGUUAAUUAAACCUACCUCUUCUCAUUGUAAAUUGCAUUGCUUUUAAAUGGUACCAAA